UGACACUUCCUGUUUGUACUCGGCUGCUAGCUUAGCCUCGCACAGUGUCUGAAUCGGUGUAGCACUCGUCUCUCCACCAUGAACACGGUUCUGUCCAGAGCGAACUCUCUGUUCGCCUUCUCCCUGAGCGUCAUGGCGGCUCUAACGUUUGGUUGUUUCGUCACCACUGCCUUCAAAGACAGAAGAGUUCCUGUGGACGUCCACGUCUCCAAAGUCAUGCUGAAGAACGUUGAUGACUUCACAGGACCCAGGGAGCGCAGUGACCUGGGUUUCCUCACCUUUGACCUCUCAGCUAAUCUGCAGCCAAUUUUCGACUGGAACGUGAAACAGCUGUUUCUUUAUCUGUCUGCCGAGUAUGCCUCAAAGAGUAAUUCUCUGAAUCAGGUGGUGCUUUGGGAUAAGAUCGUCCUUCGAGGUGAAAACACCAAGCUGAACCUCAGAGACAUGAAGUCUAAAUACUUCUUCUUUGACGAUGGGAACGGACUCAGAGGCAACAAGAACAUCACUCUGUCACUGUCAUGGAAUGUUGUUCCCAAUGCUGGAAUCCUGCCUCUUGUCGCUGGAAGUGGACACGUCAGCCUCCCCUUCCCAGAGACAUACGAGACCACCAAGAGCUAUUAGACUCACACACACAUACAAACACAUCCAUCCAAACACACACACUCACACACAUGAAACAAGAGCAUUCAGGAGCAGACUGAUGACUAACACACAAUACACUGGUUUUUCUUAAAUUAAUGUUUGGUUUGUAAUAAAAGUUGAGAUUGGAA